AUGGAAACACCACCCUCUAGGAGCAAAAAGGAAUUACAGCGUCUCACAGGCAAGCUCGUCGCACUAGGACGCUUUAUAGCCCACUUCACUGAUGAAUUGCAACCCUUCUUCUUGGCAAUACGAAAAGUUGGAGCCAACAGAUGGACGGACAGCUGUCAGAGCGCUUUCGAAAAAAUUAAACAGUGCCUCAUGCAUCCGCCCAUUCUAAGCAGCCCCCUCCCUAGAGAAAAAUUAUAUAUGUACCCGGCUGUAUCGGAGUGGGCAAUUAGCGCUGUUUUAUUCCGCUGCCCCUCGCCCAAGGAACAAAAACCUAUCUACUACGUCAGUAGAGCGUUGGCGGACGUAGAAACAAGGUAUUCAAAGAUGGAGCUAACGGCCUUGGCCCUUGGAAGUGCCGCCCAGAAGCUCCGCCCUUACUUCCAAGCCCACCCGGUGGUUGUGCUAACCGACCAGCCCCUUCGCAACAUCCUGCACAAGCCGGACCUGACCGGAAGAAUGCUUCAAUGGGCCAUAGAGUUGAGCGAAUAUGGAAUCGAGUUCCAACCCAGGUUGUCCAUGAAAGGCCAAGAACCAAGCGGAGUGGAGUGGUGGACUUUGCGGGUUGAUGGAGCCUCCCGGUCAUCAGGAUCCGGUGUAGGGCUCUUGCUGCAAUCCCCAACAGGAGAACAUCUGGAGCAAGCUAUCCGACUAGGAUUCCUCGCCUCUAACAAUGAAGCGGAGUAUGAGGCCAUCCUAUCCGGGUUGGACCUCGCCCUAGCUCUAUUCGUCUCCAAGCUCCGGGUUUAUAGUGAUUCCCAACUCGUGGUAAGGCACGUCCAGAAGGAAUACGAAGCUAAGGAUGAGCGCAUGGUGCGAUAUUUGACUAAAGUAAGGGACACCUUACAACGGUUCACCGAAUGGACGAUCGAAAAAAUUAAACGGACUGAAAAUGGAUGUGCCGACGCCCUGGCAGGCAUAGCUGCUUCCCUCCCCAUCAAAGAAACCAUAUUAUUGUCUAUAUAUGUGCAAACCAACCCUUCCGUCGCGGAAACCUCCACUUGCAAUACCAUUGAGGCAAACCAAGCAGACGGUCAAGAGUGGACGGAAGACAUAAUAAGGUAUCUCCGGACAGGCACUUUGCCCGAAGAGCCCAAGCAGGCACACAAGACCUGGGUACAAUCUGCCCGUUUCACCCUGAUCGGGGGGCACUUGUACAAACGAUCCUUUACAGGUCCCUAUCUCAGGUAUCUAAACCACUCAAAGGCCCUGUAUGUAUUAGCUGAGUUGCAUAAGGGGGUGGAAGCUGAAGCAUACGCUAGCAUCAAAGACAAAGAUGUCACCAAGUUUGUAUGGAAGAACAUCAUCUGUUGCUUUGGAAUCCCCCAAACCAUUAUAGCUGACAACGGUCCACAGUUUGAUAGCAUCACUUUCCAGAAUUUUUGUUUGAAACUAAACAUCCGGAAUUCAUACUCCACACCGCGUUAUCCUCAAAGCAAUAGGCAAGCAGAGGCCACAAACAAGACCCUAAUAAUUGCCUUAAAGAAGAGGCUUGAGCAAGUCAAAGGGAAGUGGGUGGAUGAGCUACCAGGCGUCCUGUGGGCUUAUCGAACCACACCCGGACGUCCGACAGAAAACACUCCCUUCGCCCUCGCAUACGGUAUGGACGCAGUCAUUCCUACAGAAAUAGGGCUACCCACUAUUCGGACCGAGGCAGGACGACAGGAUGAUGCAAAUGUGGAAUUAGGAAGAAAUUUGGACUGGGCAGACGAAGUAAGAGAGACCGCAUCCAUCUGGAUGGCUGACUAUCAACAAAGAGCAGCCGCUCACUACAAUCGCAAGGCAAGGCCUAGGAGCUUCAAAAGUGGAACGUUGGUCCUUAGGAAAGUUUUCGAAAACACUGCCGAGACAGGAGCAGGAAAGUUUCAAGCCAAUUGGGAAGACCCCUAUAUAGUGUCCAAGACAAGUUGA